AUACUGCGAAGCAAAAUGGCUCCUUCUCCAGCUCCAGCGCCUUCCGAAGUUGAUGUGUUUUCUGGACCACAUAGCCGCAUGAAACGACUGGUCCAGUUAUAUUCCGAGAAGUUAUCAGAAGUUGACCUGUCUAGCUGUUCUGACCUUCGUUCAUUGCUGUGGAUUCUGAAGGCAACUUUCUCAGAAUUCAAGACUCAUGAACACAUCGAGAAUGAAUGCAUUAUGUGGAGACUGAAAAAUAGAUUACAAUUUCUCAAGGUUGAGAUAGCAGCUGUGUCUGAGGUUCACUCAGACAACAAACUAAGUGAGAUGGUACAGCUGGUAGAAGAUGCCUGCUGCCAAGCAGACAAGUGCACCUGCCCCAAGCAAGCAGCCCAGAUAGGUCACAAUCUUAUCUUGGCACUCCGUAACUUCACAGAGGAUUUCUUGCCUCACAUGCAAGAGGAAGAAGAGAUUUUCCAGCCUCUGUUGAUGGAAUACUUCAGCUACAAUGAGUUGAAAGAGAUCAAGUCCAAUGUGAUUGAGAAACACCAGAAGCUCACCAAGUACUGCCCAGAGGAAAAAGAAGAGUCAGAAGAUGACAAAGAAACAAUUGAUGCCUCCAGAACUGCACCAGAUGAUGAAGAGGCAUACAACGAGGAGGUGGAGGAGGAGGACAACACCCUGAGUAAGAUUCAAGGACUGCCUGCUGAACUGCUACUGCAUAUCUUCUCUCACCUGAACCCCUUGGACCUGAGCCAGUGCAGCAUGGUGUGUACCCGGUGGGCAGGACUAGCCAGAGACCCGUCUGUCUGGAAGCAUCUAUAUCCAUCACGCUGGGCCAAAGGUAACUGGCAGUUUGGUGCAUCUGUUCAUCUGCCUGAAGACAUCGACAUGGAGUCCUUGGAACAAGACAAUGAUGUCUAUGUCGUGGUUGAUGAGGAUGCAGAUUUUGAUGAAUCCGCAUCUUCUGCCAUUGAAAGUGAUGCCAGUAAUGCCAGUGUAGCUAGCUACAGGGCUGAAUGCAUUCGCCGGGAAGCACGCAUGCUGGUUGCCAUGGCGAAGUACCUAAUUCCUCAUGUUGGAGAUGGUGUAGAGACAAUCAUUCUCUCAAACAGCAAAGGUGUCACUAAUGGCUUGGUCUACAAGUUACUAAUCCAAUGUCCCAACCUGCAAUAUCUCAAUUUGUCAGAAACCAAGAUAUCUGACAUUGCAUUCAAAGGGCUUGGAAAGAAUGGUGUUGGUAGUAAGCUAAGGCACCUGGAUCUCUCUGGCUGUGUGAACAUCACGGACACAACCCUCCAGAGACUGGCAUCUAUCCGACAACCCCUGCAAACCAUACCUGACAAUCAGAUGAUGGACACUUCCAACUACGCCAAACCAGAUUACCAGCACGGCGUCAACGAUAAAAAUGGCAGACCGCUGAAUGUUGAUCCUAUGGUUAGUAACAGAGAUCAGGGGUGUUGCUCAAGGAGACAUAAUGAGACACAACAUGAUACAGACAUUGUCAACAGAAGGCAACAAGGGUCCUGUGAUGGUGGUUGUCAUGGAAACAACAGUGUUUCACACUCUCAAAGACUAUCUAUGGAUACUGCUCCAAGGACUAAGAGCCGCCAUGAUGGCAGGCAUGAUAGGAGCAGUUACCAUGGCACAGGAGAGUAUGAGCAUACGGAUGGAGGCAAUUUAUCAAGACGACUGCAAUUCUUGAGUCUGUCAGGUUGCUACAGGAUCACUGAUGUUGGAUUAGGAUUACUGUCUCAAGGAGGGGGCUGGCCCAACCUCGCCCAUCUUGAUCUCUCUGGAUGCCUCAAUGUCAGCGGGGCGGGGCUGUCUCUCCUGGCAGACAUCUGCCCCACCCUCAACCACGAGACAUUCUACUACUGUGAUAAUAUCGAGGAGGGACCGUACGCUGACACUGCCAGUGGCUGCCAGAAUCUUCAGUGCGGUAACAGGGUAUGCUGCCGUCUGGGAGAGUAGAGAACUUUUGAUACUGCAGAAAUGAUGUUACAUAAUUCUAGGGCAAGUCUUAUCUACGUUGUAAUUUGGUGUGUCUUUCUUACAAAUUAUCAAGGAGUUCUGAGGAUAUAUCUUCUGUUUGGAACAACAUGAUAAGUCUGUGUUAAAAUACAGGAGUUAAUGCCACUGUUGCUCCAACAGACAAAAUUCAUGUCAAAUGUAUCACAUCACAUCAUUUUUUGUUCAGAUCCAAUCUCUAGUAGGGCUAUUAAUGUAAUACAAUGGUCAGGUAUGCUCCAAGCUGAUGGUUGGAUACGUAUGGGACAGAAUAGCUUGGACUUGCCCUCAGUUGUUCAAUCGUUGUUAGAUUUUUUUU